CCACUGGAUGGCGAGUGGUACAAGAGGAGCGGGCUCUUGGAAGGGAAGGAUAAAGACAAGAGGGGAAGAGAGAGAGAUAGUUUGAGAGGAACAGAGAGAGGGCGGGAGAUACAGCACAGCAGCUGUAAAAAGGAGAAAAAAUCCCGGCCCAGCCUCUGCAAGCAUCAUUUGUCACAUCGGAUUUUAUCCGUUCUCGUCGCAACCAAUUUACGCCAAGAUAUGAGUUUCACCCACUGAAGUUACUUCAUGCUGAACUGAACGUGGUCCAGUGCCCUCCACUGUGCCGCCUCCUCCCAGUUCAGAGCCCUUCCGUCUGUCCGGUGUAAGCAGCCAUGACUAAGUCCUAUGAGUUUAACUGGCAGAAGCACCUGCCUGGCUUCAUGCAGGAAGGAGCCUCAUUCGACAGGUUUGACGAGGACCCGUUUCUGUUUGAGCCCAACUGUCUGGUAAAAGUGGACGACUUUGGCUUCUUCAUCACAUGGAAGAGCGACGGAAAGGAGGGCCAGGUUCUAGAAUGUUCUUUGAUCAACAGUAUUCGAGUCGGAGCCGUUCCAAGGGACCCUAAGAUCCUGUCUUUGUUUGAGGCAGCGGGGAAGAAGGAGGAGGAGCUGGAGGGAUGUGUCAUCUGCGUUUGCAGCGGCACCGACCUCGUCAACCUGUCCUUCAUGUACAUGGUGGCUGACAGCCCAGACACUGCUAGGAAGUGGACAGAGGGUUUGAGGUCAGUGAUCCACAACUUCAGAGCCAAUAACGUCUGUCCUAUGACCUGCCUCAAGAAACAUUGGAUGAGGAUGUGCUUUCUGACCAAUGUGAACGGCAAGAUCCCAGUGAGAACCAUCACACGGACGUUUGCAUCUGGGAAAACAGAGAAAGGAAUCUUUCAGGCUCUGAAGGAACUGGGUCUGCCUAGUGGAAAGAGCGAGGAGAUAGAAGACUCAGCCUUCCCCUUUGACAUCUUCUACGCCCUGACUCAGAAGAUCUGCCCUCGUACUGACAUCCAGGAACUCUUCAACAGAAUCAAUGGGGACAAAAGUGAUUUUUUAAACGUAGACCAGUUAGUCAGCUUUCUGAAUGAAAAUCAGCGCGACCCGCGGCUAAACGAGAUCCUGUUCCCCUUCUACGACCCAAAACGAGCCAUGCAGAUCAUCGAGAAGUACGAGAGAGACCCAGACCUCAAGAAGAAAGGCCGUAUGUCCAGCGAUGGCUUCUGCAGGUACCUGAUGUCAGAUGAGAAUGCCCCGGUGUUCCUGGACUGUCUGGAGCUGUACCAGGACAUGGAACAGCCGCUGGCUCACUACUUCAUCGCCUCCUCCCACAACACCUACCUGACCGGGAGGCAGUUUGGAGGAAAGUCCUCUGUGGAGAUGUACAGACAGGUUCUGCUCUCCGGCUGCAGGUGUGUAGAACUAGACUGCUGGGAUGGAAAAGGAGAAGACCAGGAGCCUAUCAUCACUCAUGGCAAGGCCAUGUGUACUGACAUCCUCUUUAAGGAUGUGAUCUCAGCCAUCAGAGAAACAGCCUUUGUGACAUCUGAGUAUCCUGUGAUCCUGUCAUUUGAAAACCACUGCAGUAAACCCCAGCAGUACAAGAUGGCUCGGUACUGUGAGGAGAUCUUUGGAGACUACCUACUGAGGCAUCCUCUCGAGGGAUACACUGUUGAAGCGGGUCGUCCCUUGCCUUCUCCCAUCGACCUCAAACGCAAAAUCCUCAUCAAAAACAAACGCUUGAAACCUGAGGUGGAACAGAAGCAGUUAGAGUCCUUUAAGAAGCACAUGGAGGCUGGAGAGACCAACACACCAGCUAUCUUACUGGGAGCAGAGACAGAGGAAGAUGUGGAGAAUGCUCUAGGUGAUGUGAAGGAGGUGAACCCUGACUUGAAGAUCAGUACAUCAGAGGAGCCUAGUGAAGACAACAGCCUCAGCACCAGUGUCAGUGUGAAGAAAGAAGGAGAGGAGAGGGACAACAGCAUCAAAAAGGUUGUGGAGGAGGAUCCAACAGAGAUGUCUGAGGCCACAGAAGUUACAGACACCACAGACAUCUCAGAGGCUUCUGAGGAUAACAACAUCAAAAAGACUGGCGAGACGACGGAUGACGAGGAGGCUCUGAUAGCCUCGUACACAUACGUAGGAGCCACCACCAACAUCCACCCCUACCUCUCUGCCAUGGUCAACUACGCACAGCCAGUCAAGUUCCAGAGCUUCGACGUCGCAGAAGAGAGGAACAUCCACCACAACAUGUCGUCAUUUAAUGAGUCAGUGGGUUUGGGUUAUCUAAAGACCAACGCCAUCGAGUUUGUCAACUACAACAAGCGUCAGAUGAGUCGGAUCUAUCCUAAAGGAGGCAGGGUGGACUCCAGUAAUUACAUGCCUCAGAUCUUCUGGAACGCAGGCUGCCAGAUGGUCUCCCUUAACUACCAGACCCCAGAUCUGGCCAUGCAGUUGAACCAGGGAAAGUAUGAGUACAACGGAUCCUGUGGGUAUCUGUUGAAGCCAGACUUCAUGCGUCGCUCAGACAGGAUGUUUGACCCCUUCUCAGAGACACCUGUGGACGGGGUUAUUGCUGCUACCUGCAGUGUACAGGUGUUUUCUGGUCAGUUCCUGUCUGAUAAGAAGAUUGGGACCUACGUAGAGGUGGACAUGUAUGGGUUGCCCACGGAUACCAUCCGCAAAGAGUUCCGCACCCGCAUGGUGAUGAACAACGGCCUGAACCCCGCCUACAACGAAGAACCUUUCGUCUUCAGGAAGGUGAUUCUGCCAGACCUGGCUGUGCUGCGUCUAGCUGUGUAUGAUGACAAUAAUAAGUUGAUAGGUCAGAGGAUUCUACCAUUGGAGGGUCUACAGGCAGGAUACAGACACAUCUCUUUACGCAACGAAGGGAACAAGCCUCUGUCUUUACCCACCGUUUUCUGUAACAUAGUACUUAAGACCUACGUACCCGAAGGCUUUGGAGCCAUCGUGGACGCCCUGUCAGACCCCAAGAAGUUCCUGUCCAUAGCAGAGAAGAGAGCGGACCAGAUGAGAGCUCUGGGGAUUGAAACGAGCGACAUAGCAGAUGUGCCAAAUGAGAGUUCGAAGAACGACAAGAAAGGGAAGGUAAACGCCAACGUGAAGACCAACUUGACGCCACAGACCAGCUCAGACCCGACUCAGUCUUCUACUUCUGCCCAGAACAACACCACUGACACCAAGAAGGAUAUAAAUGCACUGGUGCCUCAUGUGAAUAUUGAUGACUUGAAACAGAUGAAGACGUACCUUAAACUGAUUAAAAAGCAGCAGAAAGAGCUGAACUUUUUAAAGAAGAAGCACGCAAAGGACCGCACCAUCAUGCAGAAGUGCCACUGCACCCAGGUGGACAAGAUGAUUUCUCAGCACGACAAGGAGAAGCUGACACAGGACAAAUUGCUGGAGAAGGCCAUCAAGAAACGAGGAGAAAACAACUGUCUGGAGCUGAAGAAGGAGACUGAGAGUAAAGUGGAGAAACUGAACACUGACCACAAAGCUAAGGUGAAGGACAUUACAGCCCAGCACACUAAGGAGUGGUCAGAGAUGAUCAACUCCCACAGCAGUGUAGAGCAGGAUAUGAAGGACAUCCACGUGGUCCAGCAGUGUGAACAGCUCAAGAAACUACUGAGUGGAGUCCAGGAACAACAGACUCUUUCGCUCAAAUUGAUUCACGAACGGCAGAGCAAGGAGAUGCGGGCCAACCAGGCCAAGACCUCCAUGGAGAACAGCAAGGCCAUCAGCCAGGACAAGACCAUCAAAAACAAGGCAGAGAGGGAGAGGAGAGUUAGAGAGUUGAACAGCAGCAACACCAAAAAGUUCCUGGAAGAAAGGAAAAGGUUGGCUAUGAAGCACCAGAAGGAGAUGGAGACGCUGGAGAAGUCUCAGAAAGAACAGCUAGAGAAACUGGACAAGUUCAAUGAGCAGCUUUUGAAAUCACAUCAUGCCAGUAAACAGUGUCAAGGCCAAAGACAUCCAGCAGAUGGUGAAGCUGGAGGAGGAGAUGGACCGCAGACCAGCCACAGUGGUUUAACCACUCCCACCAACUGAGACACACACACAUAUACACUGCCCAGACCAGCCACAGUGGUUUAACCACUCCCACCAACUGAGACACACACACAGACACACACACACACACUCUGCCCAGACCAGCCACAGUGGUCUGAACACCCCCACCAACACCUAAGACACACACAAACACCCACACAGGCACCGAAUGCUCCCUCAAACAACUGUCGCAGAGACCCAGAAACACUCACACACCCCACUACACACACCCCCUAGAUCCCCCGUUUCAUUUCCUCACCCUGCAAUAUUGUCAUAACUCAUAUCCUCUAUCCCUCUAAAUCUCCCUCAGCAAUGAACCACACCCACACACAGUCAGUCCCCCCUCCAACUCCCCUGUGCUGUGGAGCCAUUGGUGCAGACCGGUGAUUGACAGUAAGAUGAGCGAAUGCUGUUUGAACGUGGGUGGGACAUCCAAAACAUUGAGAGACACAUCCCACCUUCACCGUUCCAUUUCUCCACCACUCUACUACACCCGGAUCCGCUUUUUAUAAUCCUCCAUCCAUCUUUUUAAUCUGUUUUAAAUGGAAGCAAUGUUUGCAGAUAUCAAUAGUCACUGUACACAUACACAAAGACACUGAUACACAUACACACAAUCUUUAUCACGUCUGUUCUUUCGGUUGUCAUGACGGCUUAAAUCAUGUUUUCUGUUCAAACUCUUGUAAUAGUUUUAUUUUGUAUUUUUAAUGGUACCAGGUAUCAAUAACAGGACCAGAAUAUGGAGGGGGAAAAUACGGAUGUAUUAGUUAUACAUUUUAUGUCAGCACAAAAUAUGUAAAUGAUGCUGUAUGCUACACAAGAGUUGAAGUAAUGUCCUGAGCACUUUAUAUGUGGUAGGCAUAAUGUGGUAGACAUAAUGUGGUAGGCUAUCAUAACCCAAGUGAUAGAUGUCUCUGUUUUGAUAUGAAUGUAAACUGAAAAAGGACAAAACGUUGGAUGAGCGCUGUUCGGAGAAAACUAAGCCCAACGUCAGGUAGUCCUAAACACUGCAGCUUGUCCUUCACACAUAGUUUUGUUUUAUCAAGGGAUAUCUACGAAUUUUUCUCAACUAAAAAAAUAUACAAAAGGCUAAACCAGAGACUGAUUUUAAUUCUUUCACACCGACAGAAGUGUGUAUAGGGAGUGUGGAUGUGUAGACCAGUGUUCUUUCGCUGGCCUGUCUUGUAUGACACCGUGUUAGAUUCAGAAAUAACCACUUAAUGUAUUGUAUGUGUCAAAUGGCAUAAAGAGGACAAUCAUUUUUAUUAAUUUUUUUAAAUUUAACAUUCAUUUUGACAUGGAGAUAUAUAUUAAUAUACAUAUACAGUGCAUUUGGAAAGUAUUCAGGCCCCCUUCCCUUUUUCCACAUUUUGUUACGUUACAGCCUUAUUCUAAAAUGGAUGAAAUAAAAAAUGACAAAGCAAAAAAACCUUA